GCUUUCAGGGGUUGUUUUGGAGGAAGUUAAAGCAGAUCUCGAAACAGAAAGAGAAAAAAGACCCGUCAUUUAACUGGGGUGGCAAUAGCGGUUAUAGCACCCGUUUUGGAAUCACCGAUUCCGGAUUAGUUCGCUUAUACACUAGCCUAAGCGAGCCAGUGUUCCGCUGGCGACCGGGGCCGAACUUAUUGUUUGUUUUCUUCAUAAACAUCAGGCUUGUGUAAGGGCACGGUAGCAGUUUAGCUCAAAAGCUACACCACAGCAUUAAUACAGACUGAUAUUUGCUAGAUCUCCAGCUUUAUAAACCAGCUGUGACACUAUGACAUCAAGGAAGAAAGUUCUUCUGAAGGUGAUCAUUCUUGGAGACUCUGGGGUUGGGAAGACAUCUCUGAUGAACCAGUAUGUGAAUAAGAAGUUCAGUAAUCAGUACAAAGCUACUAUAGGAGCAGAUUUCCUGACAAAAGAAGUGAUGGUUGAUGACCGACUUGUCACAAUGCAGAUAUGGGACACAGCAGGUCAAGAGCGCUUCCAGUCUCUGGGUGUGGCUUUCUACCGCGGUGCCGACUGCUGUGUGCUGGUGUUCGACGUCACUGCCCCAAACACCUUCAAGACACUGGACAGCUGGAGGGACGAGUUUCUCAUCCAGGCCAGCCCGCGCGACCCAGAGAACUUCCCCUUCGUGGUGCUGGGCAACAAAAUCGAUCUGGAGAACAGGCAGGUAACAACCAAGCGGGCACAGGCUUGGUGUCAGAGUAAGAACAACAUCCCGUAUUUUGAGACCAGUGCAAAGGAGGCCAUCAACGUAGAGCAGGCUUUCCAGACCAUCGCGCGCAAUGCACUCAAACAGGAAACCGAAGUGGAGUUAUACAACGAGUUCCCUGAGCCAAUUAAACUAGACCGGAACGAUAGAGCCAAGCCAUCAGCAGAGGCUUGCAGCUGCUGAGGACCUCCAGGGGGCGCAACGUUUCACCCUCAGCCUCUCUGGCCUUGUCUCUGCCUCACUCCCUCUCCCUCUCUUGCGUUCUUUCUUUCACCCCUGUUCUCCUUUAUCUCCUUCCCUCCCCUUUACUCGAUAUAAUCACUGGCCUUUGUAGACGAGCAGAAAUCCUCUCAUUCAGUAUCCUACAGUUCUCAUUCACAGCCUUAGACACAAACACACACCCACCCACCCACAUAUGCUCAAGAGGCUCAAUCUGACACCAUUUUCGUACACGAAUCCCAACACCUCGCACCGGUUGUGCAGAACCAUUGCCUCGCCCACAUUAAAAAGUCCUACUGAAACUCUUCACAACACUUGAAUGGCUCUUGAGACUUUAUGAUCCAGCCCUGCAGUGCAAUUGGAAUACGUUUGACGUGAACGCUACAAGAUGUGGGGUGUAUCAGAGCCGUGCGUUGGUACCAUAACUACCCGCCAUGUUCAACUACUUCAUCAAUGUGCUUGAAUUAAAAGGGCGGCCUGGUGUAAAGCAUGCUACAUUUGCAUCUUAAAGUCAUGAACCUGAAAACGCUCCUCAGUUUGUGAAGUCCUGAAGCACUGGAGGUUUAACACUGCCCCCACUGUUACAUCUGAGAACUGCAGUCAAUUAAUCCAGUGUGCGCCCAAUCGCUGUCCUCAAAAUGGAACAGGAAAAUAUGAAUAGGAAACCAUGCGAUGGGAAAUUUAGAUAUUACAUCUAAAUGAUCUAUUAUUCAUACUAUUACGACAAUUAGUAUUUCUAUGUAUUUUUUUUAUCGUCAAUCCUCAUGUCAGCAUGAUCGAAUCACCGCGAGUCUGCCAUGAACAAGCAGUGGCAUAGACAGUGUUGUUUUUUUUCUUUCUUUCGUAUUUUGCCUGGACUCUACCAGUAGCUCAGGAUGGUAGAGACUCAGUAUCACUCUGAUCUUUUCCCAUCUGUUCGUUCAUUAUUAUUGUAAUUAUUAUUAUCUGUUGCAUUAUAUUCAAAUAAACACAACUAGACAACUUUAGGGGAAAACUGAAUUGUCCAUGACAUUUAAUAAAACAAAAUGCACAGCAUAUACAUUGUUCAAGCUAAAUGUAUUUCAAAGUAAAUAAGUUGUUGAAUAAAACUGGUAUUUUGUGUUUGCUGUACAUUGUUAUUAAGUGAACUGGAACUAUUUGAAAUUAACGAAGGAAAUGUGUCUACA